UGUCAGAACUCAGAAUUCUCAGAUGAGAGAAGCGAAACGUCGCGCAAUGACGCUUGACGGGCGACGAAGUGUUUAUAGAAUUUGUUCGCACGAUUUCGAUUAAUUUCAUUGAAAUAUUUCAGCGUAGAAAAUGUUGAGAUAACGGGCAAUACGCCAUUAUUCUGAGUUUUGAAAGUUUUUCUCGGUAUAGAUUAUCAAUUUUUGUGAUAUGAUCGCCUUCUAGCGCACUGUUAUAUCCUCUAGAAACCAGUCGAUAUUAUGUGGCCGGAACGCGAAAAAGACAUUGGAAUUUUAAAAUAUGAUUCCCAUGGUGUAUACAGUGUAUGGUUUUGCAAUAUUUUUCAUUGUCGCGUGGGUGUGUUUGUGGUUAAUUCAUAUAAUGGCCCUUUCGUAUUCAAAGUGGAAAUUGCAUCGGACUGUGGACCGGUUACCGCCCGAGCAACCUUACCCUGGUGUGUCAAUUCUAAAGCCGUUGACUGGCGUCGACCCGAACCUGUUCUCUAACUUGGAGACGUUUUUCACCCUCGAUUACCCCACAUAUGAGCUUUUGUUCUGUUUGGAGAGCGAGCACGAUCCUGCGCUAAUGUUAGUCAACAGUUUAAUCCAUAAAUAUCCGCAAGUUGAAUCAAGAGUGUAUAUCGGAGGCAUGAGAGUGGGUGUUAAUCCAAAAAUAAACAAUAUGCAGCCGGCGUUCUUAGGGGCGAGGUAUCCCUUAAUAUUAGUAAGUGAUUCUGGAAUACGUAUGAGAGAUGAUACAUUGUUGGAUAUGGUGCAACAUAUGAAGGAAGACGUUGCAAUUGUUCACCAAAUGCCGUUCGCAUAUGACGCAGAUGGUUUCGCAGCUGUGUACGAGAAGGUGUACUUCGGUACGGCGCAGGCGCGUAUGUAUAUGGGGGCAGAUUUCCUGGGCAUUAAUUGUCAUGUUGGAAUGUCGUCGCUAGUGAGACGAUGCGCAUUGGAGGAGGCAGGAGGCCUGGCAGCUUUUGGAGAGUAUCUAGCUGAGGACUAUUUCAUGGCUAAGGCUGUUGUCUCUCGAGGUUGGCGAAUGCGUGUUGCUUCGCUACCGGCCCUUCAGAACUCAGGAUCAAAGUCAAUAGGAGGGUUACAAGCACGGUUAAAACGCUGGGCAAGGCUACGGAUAGCAAUGAUACCAACAACAGCAUUAUUAGAGCCAUUGAGUGAGUGUUUGCCCCUGGGGGCUGGUGCUGCAUGGGCUGCAGGACAGCUAUUUGGUGCUGAGCCCCUUCCAUUCUUUCUAGUGCAUGUGCUUGUGUGGUUCCUUUCUGAUUGGCUCAUGCUCCGAUCAGUACAAAAUGGGUCACCUCCAUUCACAAAAGUUGAGUUCUUACUGGCAUGGGUGUGGAGUGAAUGCUGUGCACCAUUUGUGCUCGCUACAGCUGUAUUAAAACCAGAGAUAUCAUGGAGAACUCGUAACUAUAAGCUGGAUUGGGGAGGACGUGCCCAUGAACUCAAACCCAAACUCAAAUUCUGAGAGAGAUCCCAUUUAUUAUCAAAAGCUUUAAUCUGUGGAUACUAUUGCCCGACCGCCUGAAUACAAUGUGAGUUUACAACAUUAGUAUUAAGUGUUUAUUACACUGCUGUUUACUUUGAAAUGCAAUGUGGAUAAUUGUUAUUCUUAUUUUACAGUUUUGUAUGUUUAUAGAUUAAAAUAUUUUAACUGUUGUACAUCAUGAUUUCAUGUAGCAUUGGUCUGGCAUAUGUAGGAACAAUUAAAACUUAAAGUAAAAGAUACCAGAGGGAUGAGGUUGGAUAAUUUUAUCUCUAAAAUUAUCCAAUAAGAAUUGUAAACCAAGUUUAAAAACAAUCUUUAAAGUGGUGAAUGUUAAAUAAAUAGCAGUCAUUUUGAAACUCUUUCUAAUGCAUACCCAUUCUUCUCCCUCAAGUACCUUAAAAUAAAAUAAUCUCUCUAUGAUUAGGUUAAAAAUACACCCAACACAUGAAGAUGUAAUAAUAAAAAACCAUCAUAUAGUAUAUAUCACCUGGUUAUGGUGCUAUUGCCACUGUUCAAACAUAGUUAUAAUGAUAUGUUUAAGCUAACAUUACAAUUUUUGUUUUCUGUGAUAUAUUAAUCUAAUCUAGGUCCUGUUGUGUUAAAGAAUAAGUUGGAAUAUACAAAUUAAUCCAAAUAAUCCUAUCUGGAACAAGUGUCAAAAUAAUGAACAUAGUUCUUCUUGGGUUAGUAAUAAUUCAGCUGAUUAAGUAUCCUUUUAAACCAUUUUUUCUAAUAAUUUAAUACUUUGCUAUGAUUAAAAUAUUAAAAGGAUAUAGGUGCAAUCAUUAUAUUGUUGCAGGUAGUAGAAAUUAUUACAGAUGCAACAACUCAUCCAGAAUAUUUACCAAAUAAGUUUUACAACAUUGUGAGGUCUAUUUCAAUAUGUUGUGACUGAAGACUUCUGUUUACUUAAAUAACAGUUGACAGCAAAAACUAGCAAUACAUCACAAUACAAGUAAAUCAGUUUACAGACAUAAUAUAUAUAUAUACAUAUCUCAUAAUCCAAGAUGCACCAAGGAGAAAGCCCUGCAACCUACUAGAAUAUGGUGUUAGGUGGUGAUGGUCACUGAAUAUCUGGUUUUUCAUAGCCUCAUUUGUCUUCCAAUUAAAUAAAAAAGGAAAAUUUAUGAAAAAUAAAUGUUUACCUGUCUUAUCAUUUAGCCUUUCAGCUCCAUGUCAAUAAUAGAGUUUUAAUAUAACAUUUAAUUACUAUAGGAUACAACUUUACUAGGUUUUUGUAUUAAAAGGGAAUACUUAGUACAACUUUCAGGUACUGUGUGCUUUGGAUUGUAUUAAAACUAAUCUUAUUUUUGCAACCAUAACAUACAAAUAUAUUAAAUAGUAUAUUGCAAGCUAUAUUGUAAUUUUAUUCUAAAUUAUUGAAUCUAAGUCUGAAUUGGGAUCAAAUUUCGGAUUUUUUUGAACUGUAGCACCAAAAGACUAUCUACUAUUGAUAUCUUAGUUUAAGAAUUAACAGACAGCAAGGCUCGUGACCAACAACAUAAGAAUUAUUUGCAAAACAGAAACCACCAAUGCAUCUUGUAUUGAUAAAAUUUUAGUAUAAACCUAGUCAUUGGAGAAAACUAACUAAAAUGGUGGCAUACUUGCAAAUACAACAGUACAGUUAGCAAAAAAAAGAAAUACUGCUGUUCAAUCAACUUAAAGAUUUUUUCUUAUUACUUUAGUACUGAUUUGUUUUGUAUACUGUACUGCUACAUGUGUGUGUAUAAAUAGCAAUAAGUCGUGAGUAAGAAAGAAUGAUGAGAGACAUCAUUUUAGAUUAUUUUCUGUAUUGAUUCAGGUUAAUGCUUUUGUUAUUAAAUUAUUUAAUUAACAAAAAGAAGAGUUCCCUAAAAGAUAUCUAUAUAUGAUAUAACUUCAGAAUUUGAAAUGCGGUAUCAUUUACGCAUUAAGUACAUAGCGAAGAAUUAUUAAAAAUUAAGUGCCAUUCAACAAUUCUUGGCGUGAAUUACGCGUAUUAAAGUCAAUGGAAUGUACAAACAUCAGACAGAUUGGUUUAUGAGCAAUCAAAUUCAAAGUCUGUUUAGUCUAGUUUAAAAUAAGUUUAUUGCCAGAUCAUUGUCAUAAUAUAAAGCAAUUAUCCGAGAGUAGUGUUAUUGUUUGGCUAAGCAGAAAACCUUUUUUUCUCAUAUUGAAAAUAGAAACGAUAUGAAUAACUUUAAUGUAGGUAAGUUAAUAAUUAAAAUGAGCAUGGGUAUCAAAUAAAGUUAUGUUCUAUGGCAAUGUGAGAGUGAUACUAAUAUAACUUUGUAAAUUAUGAAAGUACAAUUACUAUGUAUUAUUACACAUUAGGAUAUUACUAGUACAUAAUAUUUAGGCAACUUUAAACUGGUGUAGAAUGUAAUAAUUGACAUUGUCAAUUAAUGGGACUGUGCUGUCAGCAAAAGUCUAACGAAAUACUUAAAGGGUAUGUUCAGAUAUCCACUGCACAGUGCUAUCACUGUAGAAAAAUUCGUUCCGUUAUGGACUGCCAGUAUACUGCCGCAGUACCUCCGCGACGUCAUAAAUCGCCACCAUAUUCUACUGUGAGCACUGGCGUUUUUAAGGUAAGGUACUCGCAGUACUUUGAUCACGUGAUCAGGCAAAACCACUCGAGUGCCUUACGUUUUAUAAAGAAUACCUACAGUUUAAUCCCAAAUAUUUUAAUUCGACAGUACUCCAACAAGUUUUUUAUUAAUGAACUAGAAAACUUUAAUACGCACCUGACAAUAUACAGGAUUGCGUUCUGUUUUAAAUAGUAACCAGUAUAACUGGCUAUAAAGGAACGGCUUCACAGUAUACUAAACUGAUGUCACACUCUACAGUGGUCGCAGUGCAUAUCGGAACAUACCCUAAAUAAAUAACAAUGUGUCAAUAAUAUUUUUAAAUCCUCUUAAUUAAAAAUAUUGAAUGAUGUCAAAGAAUUUUUUUCUCUUAAAUAUUGAGAGUUUUUGCUGAGACUACCUGAUGUACAAUUGAGGUGUUCUAUUUUGUGGGUGUUGGUCAUUCCUACCAGAUUUCCGCUGCAAGUAAAAGUCUCUUAAAAAUAAUGGUCUUACAAGAGGGCAAUGAAUAUGAUACAACUUAUACAGAAAAAAAUAAUUGUAAUCUUAUUUUAAGGCUGGUCAGAAUCAAAGAAUUCCAUAUAAUAUAAGCAUAAUAUAUACAGCUUAUUCCUUUGUGAUUAUCACAAUAUUAUAUUGUAAACUUCAUAAAUACAAUUGUAUAUGAUUAAAAUUACUUCUAAUUAAAACAUGUAUGUGGUGAAUACUACUAUCAUAAUGAAAUAAAGUGACUCAAGUCAAAAUUGUCAUGGGAUUGUCACACCUAUGGGCUAUUGUGGUUAACUUAUAGGCCAUCUUAACAUUAAGUUACAAUACUAACUUUUAGUUUUAUUGUGCAGUAGGGGUAAUAAACUUUCUUAGAGUACCACGAAGGCUUUAAGAGUGAUUCACAUAUUCUGAUAUUAAAUUAACAGUUCUACAUUGGCUAGUAGAUUUGGCGGUGUAACAAUGCUUCAUAGCUCAAAAAUAUAUUGAUUGCAAACUUAAAAAUUCUUGCAUUACAUUAUAGUUGAGUAAAGUAUUCCAGAAGGUGUAAUACAUAUCCAAUAUCAGGUGUUUUGUUGUCUUCACUGGGUUUGAAAGAGAGAUAAUUACACUUUCUGGACUAUGGACCUACAAAUUGUUCUCGUGUGGCGGAAACAGUUCCAAUCGACUGUCGCUUUGUUUAAUUUAAUGAUUCUUAAUUCCUUCGAUUUUCUGGUGCACGUGUUUAGUAUGAAGCCUUAAAUUACAAUAAUUAUUGAAGUGUACCCAUUAAACGCGUCUAUAAAGUAUUCAAAUGUCACUCCGUUCUAAUUAUUGUUUUGUGUACCAGCUGUGAAGGACGCGAAUCAUCGUGUCAUAACUCAUAUUGAAAACUAUUGUGUUCAGACGAUAAUGUGAACUUUUUGACUUAAGUUGCAUUAAAAAUAUACCUAAUUUGUUAAAGUAAUACAGGCGACAUAUUGUAAGUACCUAACAGUAGUAGCUAUCUUGAUUUUCUAUGGUAUGGUACAUAUUAAAAUGUUUAUUGUGCGCAAUUGUUUUGCUAAAAAUAUAUCCGCAAAAAAACCGCUGUACUCUGACCUCGGCGAUAAUGUGUCAUCUUAUUACCUCAAUAAUUCUCGUAAUAAUUUUCUAUGGUAUGGUAGAUAUUAAAAUGUUUACUUUGCGCAACUGUUUUGCAAAAAUAUUACUUAAAUAUAACUUCAAAUAUAUCCGCAAAUGUUUCCUCACUAUUUUUCGUUAAUGGUGAUUCUAGCGAUCAUGACUAAGUAGGUACGUUUUGUUUUGAAUGAUUGACUUUCCUUACUUAAAAUUUCCUUGAAUGAAUGAUGCCAAUAACAUGGAAUUAAUUUAUGAUUUCAUUGUAUUAAUUAGAUCAUAAUAUAUGCGUCGAGACUAGGGACUAUGACAGCUGUGAAAACUUCGAAAAAGAUUGAGUUUAGAGUUAAACCUCUAUUUUGAGCAACUCACGCACACUAACACAAAGUGUCAUACAAAUCGCCAGUGUAAGACGUAGCUUGUCACGCACACUAAACUAUUAAACCUAGCCUGUUUUUAUCGGUUGUCUAACAGUAAGACUCUAUCGAGACGUAUAAAUUAUCGAAGUGUCAUAGAUUUUAGGAAAUGUACUUAUUAUUUGAUUAAAUACGAGAUAUUUAAUAUUUUGUCAAAAUAAAAUUGAAACAUACAAUCGGUCGUGUUACCUACGUGAAUCACCAACUGAACGAAUUACGUCACACCUACUUAUAAUACCGUUACCUUAGUGUAGUUUGAUUAUUGUGAACAAUAUAGAAGUGACGCGGACGUCAUGAACAGCUGAUGGCGUGUAUUGAAGCACAAGAUUUUGUAUAAAAAUGUCAUGUGAACCUUUAUUUCCUGCCGAAAUAUUUGGGUCGAAAAUUUCGGACAUAAUCAAACGGUUACUCAAAAUGAGUUUUGAUGACUAUUAUUGCAUUUAAUAUCUAUAAUACGUAUAGUCAGGCAGAUACAGUAUCUCUUGAAGUCACCGAAAUAUCUCGAUUGCAUUAUCAUCAAAUAUUUAUUUGUUCAAGUGUCUGACAAGUGGAAUGGAUUCAAUAAAUAUCGACCGCUUAAGCUCUUAUCUCUGUUAUAAUCCGAAGAAUAUUCCAACAAAAUUUCUUAUCUUCGAUUCUAUAGUUGCAACAGUAUCUAUCGUUUGUUAGCAGUCCAAUGUUGAGAUGGCCUCGGCUUUGUGUAAAUUACGGUGAAAUAUGCACUGAAAUUUCAAUAUUUAGAAAUCUCUUUGAAAGUGAAGUUUUGUGAUUGAAAACGUAGUUACUGGUGCAUUACGCUGAGAGUCCAAGUUCGUUAUCUUCCGAUCUUUUUUAAUGAUUUAUCUACACACAUGCUUUAAAUCCCCUUAUAAUGAUUCUAAAACAGUUAGCUUAUUGCCAACAUUAAAACACCCAAUGUCCUAAUAACCAUUACAUCAUCCAAUCGAGUGUUGUAAUGAAAUUCAGUACAACAUUAUACCAUCCGUUUUCAUAAUAACACUCCUUUGGAUGAUAUUAUCGUUACUAGGACUGGCUUUUUUAAGGUUAGCAGUAAGCUAACUAUUUCAGAAUCUUUUACAGAGGAUUCAUAUUCUGGGUGUAGAUAAAGUCUUGUAUGCAACUGUUAAUAAUUAGGUAUUAAAACACUCAUGUCAUAAUAAACCCACAUUCGUGUUAAUACCCCUUAUUACACAACAGUUGCAUAAAAAACUGUAAUUACUCUAUAUUGAUUCUGAUAUGAACAGAAAGAAUAAUAAUUUGCAUAAGGAAAAGUCUUAAGUAUGAUUUACUACUUUUAAAAGGUAUAUUUGUAAUUUUUAAGUAAACAGUCGCUCAUUACAAUCUGUUGAGUAUCAGUGGGCGACCGACGCGAGGCAUCUGUUACCUCCACCCUGUGUAUUAAUAGGAAUAGUAAAGGCCUUCGCACACCGGGACGGCAUGACAAGGGAUUUAAAUUUUAACAAUGGACAUUCAUACUUAUGAAUAUUCAAAUAAGACAUAAAUUUCCUAUGCCUUAAAAUGAUCCCUUGGCAUCGAAAUUGGCAUUUCAUUCCACGUCAUUGAAAGAUGCGCCAUGGACUCCCGCGGCGGGAUACCGUGGCGUACCUACUGCGGUACGCACUUAUGCUGUGACAUACCGCGGAGUCAGGCGGGGGUUACCAUUUUAAAACUGAGGCACACCAACACCUUAUCAAACGCAACUGAAGACAAAAUGUGCAUCGGACAGCAGGAUAUCCCGGGGCAUGCCGCACGUUGUGACAUGCCGUGGCAAGACGCUGGAAUCCCGCGGUAUCUCAGCGGCUAGUGUGACGGCAAAAUCCUUUACCAUCCCGUCCUGGUCUGCGUAGGCCUUAAGUCUACAGACUACUAAAUUAAACGACUCGUACAGCCUAUUAGUUUCGGUAAUUUGGGGCUAGGCACUUUGUGUCAAAUAUAUCAAUAAAUGUCAUUAUUAUUAUAGAAACCAUGAGGUAUACCUACAUACCAAACAGGCCAGCUUAGUCAUUUCAUAAUGAAUAUUACUUACGUAAAUUGCGGUAACUAUUAAGUAUCGAUUACUUUAUAACAUGAUAACCUGGUUAGUAUAAUCUGUCUGAACACAAUAUUUUAAUUGGUACAAAAUCUUAUCAUCUGCGUCAAUUUUUAGUGUAACAAAACAACUUAGAAUGGCUUCUUCCAAAACAUUGUAAAUUUAGUUUUGUCUUUGGCGCUCGAAUUCGAAAUUUAAAAAUCGAAUUUUAAUGGAACCCAGUAUAAAAUUCUGCGUUUGUGGCCAGCAACUAUAAUAACUAACCGACAUUACAACUUACAGUUACUGAAUAUUGUAUAAUAAUUAAUAACCUAGUACAUUAUAUGUAAUAGUUAUUUAUGAUACUUGUUAUGAAAGUUGGUUUUUACGAACGGGAAGACGAAUAUUAGGGUACUUACUGUAGUCAGUUUGUAAGUACCAAUUUUCGCACGUGUGUCAAACGUUUUUCAACACAUUUGCAAAGAAAAAAAUGGCGCGCAUUUCAAAAUGGCUCCCGUGCGCUUCGUGCAAUUUAGAACUAUGUGAAUUUUAGUUUUCUUUUUACUAUUAAUGUGAGAAAAUGUAUCGAGUAAAAGUUCCAACGAGGUUCGAUAAUCCAGGAUAUUUAUUCUCUUAAAGUGAAAAUCCUUAGUGGAAUUCUCAUGUACUUUUAUGGAACUAAUAAAGCCGUUAAGCACGGCGUUAUUAAACAGAAUCCGUUGUUUGUACGGAACAGUGUGGGUACAUACAGAAGGCCUACCAUCAACUUUUAAUAAGCGAUUCAAUUCCGAUGCAGUUCAGUUUAGGUCUUCAAUUGAAUCGCAAUAACAGUUCAUGGUAGGCCCGCUGGUCUCGUAAAUGCAUCUUUUCGACAUAUGUGUUGAAAACAAUAUUAACAGUAUACUUUUGUUUACUUGAGUCACUUUAGCGGAAUAUAUUGUCGUCACUAUUUGCCGAUAUAAUGAUUUUAAGGAAGGAAGACUCAAAUGGUUGCUGUAUUGUUAAAGUCAUCUUAUCCUAUUCAAAAGUGUUUUCCCUGUGUAUCAACAUAAUAAUUUAAUUUAUCGCUGUACAUAUUAUACAAAGAUUCUACGUUAGUUUUAAAAUAAUUGUGAACACUGUGAUUGUUUUGAAGAGAUUUAAGUUAAGAUUUUGUAAUAGCAGCUGUAUUAUUAAGUCUGUAGAUGCGCAAAUUGUUUAUAUAUUUUUUAAUUUAUUUUAUUAUAAAGAACGAUGUUUAUUUUCGAAGCGUGAUUUUUUUUAAUGCAGAUGUUCGCAAUUUACAACAUUUUUGUAAAAUACCUUGACAUUGUGUUCGUUGAAGAAUGCUUUUAAGAAGUUUAUUUUAUAUAUUUUAGUAUGGUAUCGUGUACUUGCCGUAGAUUGUUAUCAGAUCGGAGAUGUAUUGUCACAGACUAAAAAGUGUUUCACAUAUGGUUGUCCGUGAUAAUUGAUUAGAAUUUGCAACUUUACAGGAAUCACACAGACGUACCUUGGCAAGCGAAUCACACCUGAAGGCCUACCAUAAACUUUUAAUUAAGCGAUUCAAUUCCGAUGCUUUUCAGUUUAGGUACCUAAACAGAAUCGCUAAGAUUCGUACCAUGAAGUGCUUAUAACUGAAUGGCGUUUGAGCCGUUUUUGGAAGAUCUAAUAAAAGAAAUUUGUCUGUGGUCCGCGAUGUGUGAAAGAGAUGACGCUGUACAGUCGUUGCACACAUCUGUCUCUCUUACUCAAAUCAGAAAUUUGUCUGUGGUCUGCGAUGUGAGAAAGAAAUGACGCUGUACAGUCGUUGCACACAACUAUCUCUCUUACUCAAACCAUAUGCGAUACGUUUCGAAACCGCUCACUUUGACACAUAAGCUUUCCAGUUUAGGUUGUAAUAUUACUUCAUGGUACGAAUGAAUGAACGAACUAAAAUAGUUUGCGAUUCAAUUUCCGACUUGAUUUGACGUCAAUCUAAAUUGGAUAGCUGUAAUGACGUCGUGGUUUGAAAUAGCAAAACAAUUCAUUUUAGGUCGUCAAUUGAGUCGGAAUAACAGUUCAUGGUAGGCCCGCUGGUCCUUAAAAUAGAUAUAGAUUCUCACUUUUAUGCGUGAUAGCUACCUCAAACGGAUGCUAUGACCAGUAUACGGAAACACUUGCAUUACCCUGCAUUUGCGUAAGUCAUACAAUUUAAUCACGAUCUCAAGUAACGCGACAGUCGACCAGUUUCCUUAUUGAAUGUAAGGCCAUCCGCCAUUUUAUAAAACUUGUUUUAUUUUUAAUAUCAGCUGAUUGGUUCCCGGCGUAAUCGUUCUGAAUAACAAAGAGUAUUUGUUACGAAAUGGGAUGCAAAUGAACAAUGUCCCAAUUUGGAGUGAAUAAAUAUUUGAAAUUA